GUGAAGGACAGUUCACUCCCGGCGCUGUUACGUAAGGGGAGGGUCAGGCGCUGCCCCACCCGAGAGGAGCAGAUUUGACUGGUAGGACGGAGUGCUGUCAUCCUAACGCCCCCGGAAGAACGUCCUUGACGGACAGGUAAAGUGACUUCUGAGGACCGAAGAGUUUGAUGACACAAGACCACUGAAUUUCUUUGUUUGGAGUCCACGUUAUGAACCCUUUCUGGAGCAUGUCUGCAAGCUCUGUCCGCAAACGAUCGGAUGGUGAAGAGAAGGCAUUAACAGGGGACGUGGUAACCAGCCCUCCACGCGCCGCUCCAAAGAAACAGCUACCUUGUAUUCCCAAAAACGCUUUGCCCAUUACUAAGCCUACAUCCCCCGCGCCAACAGCACAGUCCACAAAUGGCACACAUGCUUCUUAUGGACCCUUCUACCUGGAAUACUCCCUUCUUGCAGAAUUUACCUUGGUUGUGAAGCAGAAGCUCCCGGGGGUCUACGUGCAGCCAUCUUACCACUCUGCAUUAAUGUGGUUUGGAGUAAUAUUCAUACGGCAUGGACUUUAUCAGGAUGGUGUAUUUAAGUUUACAGUUUACAUCCCUGAUAACUACCCAGAUGGUGACUGUCCACACUUGGUGUUUGAUAUUCCCGUCUUUCACCCACUCGUCGAUCCCACCUCAGGUGACUUGGAUGUGAAGAGAGCAUUUGCCAAAUGGAGGCGGAACCAUAAUCAUAUUUGGCAAGUUUUAAUGUACGCACGAAGAGUUUUCUACAAGAUUGAUACAGCAAGCCCCCUAAACCCAGAGGCUGCAGUCCUGUAUGAAAAAGAUGUUCAGCUUUUCAAAAGUAAAGUGGUUGACAGUGUUAAGAUGUGCACUGCUCGUCUGUUCGACCAACCUAAAAUAGAAGACCCCUAUGCAAUCAGCUUUUCUCCGUGGAAUCCUUCUGUACAUGAUGAGGCCAGAGAGAAGAUGCUGACUCAGAAAAAGAAGCCGGAAGAACAGCACAAUAAGAGCGUUCACGUUGCUGGCCUGUCAUGGGUAAAGCCUGGUUCGGUGCAGCCUUUCAGUAAAGAAGAGAAAACGGUAGCAACUUAAGCGCUGGUGAAUCCGGUGCCCCGUGCACUUUCCUGCCGGCUGCGGGCCUGGUGAGAGCUGACCGGUGGCAGAGGGCCGCCAGAAGAGUAAAACUGUGCGAACAAGGACUGCUAUCUGUGUCCAUGGAUGCUUAGGUUCUAACAGCAAGUUUUGGAAACCUCUCUUUAAGUAAUGCAUUACUUCUGUCAGAAGUGUCUUUAGGGUGGUUAACUAGUUCAGUACUCCAAAUUAUUGGGGACCUCGAGGCUUAAGUAUUUUUCUGAAUAUAAUGUUAAAGGUAAGUUACAUUCAUUUACACUAAUAGAGUAGACAGUUGGGCGUGCUAUCCAGUGGCUUUACACCCAUGGUUUCAGUUGUACAUAUGUUAGGACGCGGGAAAGAGGUAGAGAGAGAGCAGGUUCCAUAGCUUAUUAGCACUUGUAAGUGGAAGAUCAUCUGAACCUCAGUCUUCAGCCUACUGUCUCCCUGGUUUACCAGCCCCUGUCAUCACUGAGGUACAUGUUAGGUGAGGGAGAGGAAACCAGAACACUUGUUCAUGGUGGUUUGUUUUUUUUUUUUUUAAGCAAAUUACUUACUGUAUUUUUAUGGCAGAAGGGAGAGAAAGUGUUAAAACGGUUUCUAAUGAAGUCAGAUAUUUAAAUGA